CUUUCAACUGUCAAAAGAAACAAUCAGCUAGUGCAGACAAGCGCCUGAACUACAGCUGCCGUCUCAACAAUACUGGAUAAAGUUAUGCCUUUUAAGUCCAGAAAUAAAACUCAGUGAGGUGGUGACAGGGCAGCUGAGGGCGUGGGGUCAUGGAGGAGUUCAGGAGGACGUACCUGAGGCUGUGUAAGGAAGGAGGAAUAGAUACGCAGGAGUCAGUGCUGGCUCAGCUUCAUGACACAAGAACAGUGACAGGCAGCAAUAGACUUGACCUGAGCGGGCAGAGUAUCACUGUGGACACCUGCAGCAUGCUGGGCAGAGUACUGCAGAAUGACACAAUUUUCACAGAGAUCAUUCUCAGUGACUGCAUGCUUAGUGAGGAAGGUGUCAAGCAGCUCCUAACUGGUCUUCGCUCCAACACCACAGUGAAAGUGUUGGACCUGAAGGGAAAUAACAUGAGAGGGACAGGAGCUGAGGCUUUGGGGCAAUUAUUAGUGAGGAACAAGGUGCUGCGUAGACUUGUGCUGGAAUGGAAUGCCUUGGGAAUGUGGGAGGAAGGAUUUGCCAUAUUUUGUGAAGGUCUGGCCUCCAACACCUCUCUCAACCAGCUUGAUCUGCGCAAUAACCAAAUUAACCACCAGGGGGCAGCAGAGCUCUGUAUAGCACUGAAGAGGAACACAAGUCUUCAAGAGCUGGAUCUCAGGUGGAAUAACAUUGGGCUGCUGGGUGGCCGAUCAUUCCUGGAGGCAAUGAAUCAGAACCGCACAAUUCUCAAACUUGAGAUGGCUGGAAACAACAUUCCCAGUGACACACUCCGAGCUAUCGAGCAGUCCAUGAAUCACAAUGUAGAUAGACAGUCCACACUGAGAGAGAGCAGGAGCAGGACCCAUGUCCUCAGCAAAGAGAUCCAGCUCCUAAAGGAGGAAAAGGGCCGGCAGGUCAGGUUUCUUAGUCUGAUGGAGACCAUUGAUAGACAGAAAGAUGAGAUGGGAAGGAGUAGCAGGAAUUCAUCACUACGCCUGGGACAGUUACAGGAAGCCCUGAACGAACAGAAAUCAGCUGUGAAUUCUCUCACAGCCAAAUUGCAGAUGUCAGAGGCUGCUCUAGCUCUAUCAGAGCAGAGGUCUCAUGACCUGGGAGAGUUACUGACACGAGUUAAAAUGGAAAAGACAGAUCUGAGAGACAGACAGUCCAGAGAGAUCAAGAAAGAGCAUGAGGAGAAUGCUUUGAGGGAAGCAAAGCUUUUAAAGGAGGUGAACAGUCUGUCAGAGAAAAACCUCCAGCUUCAAAACAAGCUGGAGGAGACUGAACGCAGAUGUAAGACGCAGCAGGAGCAAAUCUUUCAGCUCAAACAGGAACUCGCCAACACCACUGCUGAACUAAAGCUGCGGCUUGCCCAGACUGAAGAACGGUUGGACAUGGAGAAAAGAAGAUCCAAGCAGGCACUUGACGACAUGGACAGUUUACGACAGAAGGAGGUGGAUCACCUGACCAGACACCAGGAAGAGAGUGAAAGAGCUCUACAAGACCGCAUUCUCAAACUUGAAGGACAGCGGAUUCAAUUAGAGGAGGAGCUCAGCAGAGCGAAAUCUUCUCUGGUGACUGAGAGAGCUCACGCUGAGGAGGAGCUUGGAAAAGUGCGCUCCCAAGUGCGAAUGGAGGAACAGCAGCAUUUGAGCAGUCUUGAGGAGAAGCUGCGAGGGGUUCGCCAGUCUCGGGACGAGUCUCAGAACCACUGCACACAGCAGAAACAAACCAUCGCUGAGCUCCAGGCUAGAGUAGGGCAGCAAAGCAUUGAGAUGGACACUCUCCGCCGUAGGAUAGAGGAGUUACAGCAGGAGCUUGCAGGGAAAGAGCAAGAGAAAGUGGCUGAAGUGACGCGUGUGCGGGUGGAACUGCAAGAGCAAAUUGGCCACCUGGAGGCUGAGAGGGCAACACAGGGUGGCCUAAAAGAGAAGAUUGCUGCUCUGGAGAGAGAGAUGAAGGUUCUCAGCGCCAGCCAUAGAGAGGCCCUUCUGGACAAAGAGAGCGAGAUCUCCUCUCUGCUUGAGCGACUGCGUAUUAGAGAGGGAGAGAUCCAGCGCAUGCGUGAGGAUGAGGCCCAGAGAGCCAGCUUCCUCCAGAAUGCCAUACUCACUUAUGUCCAGGGCUCGCCCCUUGCACAAUUCAGCCCCAAAAAGUGAACUACUUUUCCAAAACCCACUUUCCAUCAGUUUCACCAAGGCACUUUUAGACUAUGCACAGUAAAUCUAGUGUAGACUGGAAGUUUUUAAUCAAAUGAUUUUACUUGAUUGGAAAGUUUCAUGGAUUGGAAAAGAAAUACUCAAAAAAUGACUGACCAAAUAGAUAUUGAUAUGCAUUCCUGUGUCUUUUAAAUGUAUAGAUUUUGGUUUGGAAAUAAGUUUUCAUAAUUGAAUGAUCAGGUACCAGAGCAUAUUUUUUAAACUUCUUAGUUAAGAAAUGUUACUGUUUCUAUUAAGAUUUAUUUUGAUUUCUUGAAAUAUUGGAUCUCUUUCACAUAUAUAUCUUGUGAAAUAUCCUGAAUGUGCCAUAUUGCCCAUCAGAGCUCUUAUGUUGUGGCACUUGCAGAUUGUAUAUUGUAACAUGUUUUCAAAUUUUGUUUUCUACUUUUGGAAUUUUACACACUUGUAAUGUCUGUUUGCUGUUUGUGUAAAAUAAAAUGUGUGGUUUCGA